AUGGUGAAGUUCAACGCUGUAUUUGGCCUGCUGCUAUAUACGAGGUCUGCAGCGCUCUCCCAAAUCAUCAGCGGUCUGCGACCUCGCCCACUGGCCAUCUUGGCUCUUCCGGGAUUGACUUUAAGUAAUAAAAGCUGCCAAGACGAUCCCAGUGGCAUUCAAGUGAACGACUUCCUGCAGCAACUACAUCAACUCUACUACAAGUCAGUAAUCUUCAAUGAUACGGAACUAUUCUUUCAUCAUGUUGAGAAAAAUCUCCAUGGCGCCAUUGAAUGCGUAAACCUGAUUCUAGAUAAACCAAAGGAGAUAUUACUCCGCCUCCGUCAGCGUCGCCUGGCACACCGUCUUAGCCUUUUCAUAUUCUACUGGGGAGCCCGUUGGCCACCAAGCCCGCAUAUUUUAAAGUUCGAGGAGCCAAUGCGCGUAGUGGUAGUCACCCGGCCCCGUCAUAAAGCCUUCCGCAUCUACUACAAUCAGGCUCGUCCUGGUAGCGAAAGCCAAUUGCGUUUGGUAAAUUGGUAUGAUGGCGAUAAUCUAGGACUGCAGCGAAUCCCUCUGCUUCCGGCCGCUUCAUCCGUAUACGCAAACUUUGAGGGUCGUGUUUUCACUGUUCCAGUAUUUCAUUCCCCGCCAUGGUUCUGGGUCACAUAUGGUAAUAAUUCCAGCGAUACGGACGCAGAGCUUUUAAAUCUUGACAGCACAGAUUAUAAUGAGAUGCGAGUUACUGGCGGACGUGACCACCGUCUGCUAAUGCUAUUGGCCCAGCAUAUGAAUUUCCGGUUCAAGUACGUUGAGGCUCCCGGACGUACACAAGGCUCACUGAGAUCCGAUGAUGCUAAGGAGUUAAAUGACACCUUCACCGGAGGCAUUGGUCUGCUUCAGAGCGGUCAAGCGGAUUUUUUUUUGGGCGAUGUUGGUCUCAGCUGGGAGCGUCGAAAGGCUAUUGAAUUCUCGUUCUUUACCUUAGCUGAUUCGGGAGCUUUUGCCACCCAUGCACCUCGUCGUCUUAAUGAGGCCUUAGCCAUUAUGCGUCCCUUUAAGAAGGACAUUUGGCCAUAUCUUAUCCUUACAAUCGUUUUCUCCGGACCCAUAUUUUAUGGUAUUAUCACUAUGCCAUAUAUAUGGCGUCGACAUCAUGCGAACUUAGAUGUAGAACAGCUUAGGUACAAGUGCAUCUACAUGACCUACAUAAAAGAAAUUACCCCAGGCCUUGUAAAAGUCAAGAGAAGGAAGGUCAAGGUCAGGGUUUCACAGCAAAUACCGAAUCAACUCUUUGAAAAGUGUAUUUGGUUCACUUUACGUUUAUUCCUAAAACAAUCAUGUCAAGAACUUUAUCAUGGGUAUAGAGCUAAAUUUCUGACAAUUGUUUACUGGAUUGCUGCAACCUAUGUCCUGGCUGACGUCUAUUCUGCUCAACUUACCAGCCAGUUUGCUAGGCCAGCCCGAGAGACUCCAAUCGAUACGCUUCAACGUCUGCAGGCGGCAAUGAUCCGUGACGGAUAUAGUUUAUAUGUGGAAAAAGAGAGUAGCUCCUUGGAAAUGCUGGAAAACGGAACUGAGCUCUUUCGGCAUCUAUAUGCCCUAAUGAGACAGCAGCAUCCUGACGGUCGACAGAGCUUUCUCAUUGACUCGGUGGAGGCGGGAAUCCAGUUAAUCGCAAAAGGCGGUGAAGAUAAGGCGGUUCUAGGAGGAAGGGAGACACUUUACUUUAAUAUCCAGCAGUACGGUGCGCAAAAUUUCCAACUCAGUCAUAAACUCUACACGCGGUAUUCGGCUGUGGCCGUGCAAAUCGGCUGCCCCUUCCUGGAUAGUCUAAACGAUGUCCUUAUGCACUUGUUUGAAGGCGGUAUUCUUGAAAAGAUUACCAGUGCUGAGUAUGCUGCGCAGUCCCGGAAAAUACCCAAGGACAAAGUCCAGCAGUCUACUGAACAGACGACCGUGCAGGUUGUAAAGGACACCGUAAAUGAAAAGAGCAACGGGGUUCGAAAUCAUUCCCCAAGUCAAAGCAGCGAGGUCAUUAGUCCGCUUAACCUACGCAUGCUGCAAGGCGCCUUCAUCGUCCUGGGAGUGGGCUCACUGACUGCAGGUUCGAUAUUUCUUUUAGAGAUUGUUUUUCGACGACUCGCCUUUGUACAGAAAAUAAAGCACUUGUGGUUGCACUCCCUUCGCCAAUGCUUCAAAAAUUGGGGACGAUUUCUCCUCUGGACUGAGAGAGUAUUUGCUCCUCGUUGGCGAAACAAUCGAAAUUGAUUUAAUACAGCCAUAUUUUGAUGUCAACAUUAUAAGUAAAGUCGUUAGAGAGGUUAUGGUAUAAGUGAUAAGGCCCUUCCUUGGGCCUCCAAUGGCUCCAUAUUGGUCAAAGAAAAUUAUAU